AAGUUGCAGAGAGAGUAUUGAUUUGAGUAUGACAGCAUAAGUCAGGCAGGUAACUGCAUAGUACGUACAAGCUCCCACUGUCCGAUCUAUUCAUAUAUCUAUACAUGGGUAUAUAUAUAUACACAGAUACUAUAAAUAACUCCACAGAUAUAUAGAUCUUUGUAGAUCAAGUAGAAAGGCGUGGCGUACGGCCUCACUCUUUGGAUUAUACAUAUGAUGAUGGUGAUGAUGAUGUGAGAACACGUGCACAGAUUUCCUUCCCACCAUUGAGGGUUUCUAUAUAUACAAGGAACUAGUGAAUUGAAUUGAAUUUGCAAAAACCCUUUCAAGUUUCAUCAUUGUAACUAGAUGGGAUGAACUGAAUCUUCUCUUUCUCACCUUCAUGUAUGGAAAGAAAUGAUGAGAAAAGAUGUUUUGUGGGUUUGGUUGAAGUGAAAGGUGACUAGGUGGUGUUGAUGUGUUUGCAGUGAUAAUUAGGUUGAUAGAGAAAGAAGGGAUAUGGCAACGUACUUUCAUGGUAACUCGGAAAUCCAAGGAGGGGGUGAUGGGUUGCAAACUCUCAUACUGAUGAACCCUGGGUAUGUAAAUGUUGGAUUCUCUGACACCCAGCCGGCGGCGGGGACCAGCUUCGGGUUCCUCAACUCAAUCGCCUCCGGGAACGCUGUUACGUUGUCACACGCGCCGCCGCAGUCGCAGUCCCAACAGUUUGUCGGCAUCCCGCUCGCCACCGCGGGGUCUCAGGAGGCCGCGGUGCACUCUCAGCAUGAUAUCGCCGCCCUCCACGGCUUCAUCAGGUCUCAGUAUAGCAACAUGUACGGGCCGCCGCCGCCGCCGGCGGUUGAGCUCGCGGCGGCGCGUGAGGUGACACGCGCCCAGGGUGGGCUGUCCUUGAGCCUGUCCUCUCAGCAUGGGAAUUUCCGGGGCGAAGGCGACGCCGGGUCGCAGCAGAUGGUGACCGCGGCUAUUUCUCCGACGUCCGGCGACGAUCAGGUGAGGGUAUCCGGCGGAUCGUCCUCCUCCGCUUCCGGCGUUUCCAAUGGCGUGAAUGGCGCUCAAAGUAGGAUUUUGAGUUCCAAGUAUUUGAAGGCAACACAAGAGCUCCUUGAAGAGGUUGUUAAUGUCGGCAAGGGAAUAAAAACCGGCGCUGAAUCAGCCAAAGGUGCUAAUUCUCAAGCCAAGAGUCUCGCCGGAGACUCCUCCGGCGAGGGACAAGCCGGAGUAGAGAGUAGCAGUGGUAACCGCACCACCGAGCUCACUACUGCAGAGAGGCAGGAAAUUCAAAUGAAGAAAGCAAAGCUCGUAAACAUGCUUGAUGAGGUGGAGCAGAGGUACAGACAAUAUCAUCAACAGAUGCACUUUGUAAUAUCAUGGUUUGAGCAAGCGGCAGGGCCGGGUUCCGCGAGAACCUACACGGCGGUGGCGUUGCAGACGAUCUCGAAGCAAUUCCGGUGCCUGAAAGACGCGAUCUUGGGGCAAGUACGAGCGGCCAGCAAGAGCUUAGGGGAAGACGGUGUGGGAAUGAAGGUGGAAGGUUCAUCCCGGCUGAAAUUGGUGGACAAUCAGCUCCGACAACAGAGGGCUCUGCAACAGUUGGGAAUGAUCCAGCACAAUGCUUGGAGACCCCAGAGAGGAUUGCCUGAGCGUUCCGUUUCUGUGCUUCGUGCUUGGCUCUUUGAACAUUUUCUCCAUCCUUAUCCCAAGGAUUCUGACAAAAUCAUGCUGGCUAAACAGACAGGCCUUACUAGGAGUCAGGUGUCGAAUUGGUUCAUUAAUGCUCGAGUUCGGCUAUGGAAACCGAUGGUGGAAGAGAUGUACCUGGAAGAGAUCAAGGAGCAAGAAAAGAGUGGAGGAGGAGCAGAGGACAAAACAAGCAAAGAGGAAGCAGAUGAAGAAGGGUCAGCAUCUCUGCAACAACACAAAAGUCCCCCUGGCUCAGAAAAUCAAGAUAGGAAUGAAAUUGACACCCCAAAACAAGCCAAUAAUAAUAAUAAUAAUCCAUCAAUGUCCACUGCAUCAACAUCUAUGAAUGGGAUACCCAUGAAUACCAACCAUCCUGCAGGUUUCAGCCUCAUUGGACCCUCAGAAAUGGACAGCAUUACUCAGGGAAGUCCAAAGAAGCCCCGGGGCUCAGACAUGCUGCUGCAUAGCGCCAUCGUUCCAUCAAUAGCCAUCGAUGCAGCAAAGCCCGCCCCCGUGAAAUUUGGCAAUGACAGGCAAACCAGAGAAGGAUUCCCCUUGGAGGGAUCAACAAACUUCAUGGCCGCCUUCGGGUCCUACCCAAUCGAGCAAAUGGGGCGGUUCAGCACCGAGCAGUUCCCCUCACCUUAUUCCACCAACGCUGUCUCCCUCACCCUCGGCCUGCAGCACAGCGAAAACCUCUCCGCCGCCAUGUCUGCUGCCACACACCACAAUUUCCUCCCCAACCAAGACAUUCAAAUGGGGGGAAGGGGAGUUGUGAUUGGUGAAGCAGCAAACGAUUUUGUUGGCGGAAUGACUACCCCGACAUCUGCUCACCCCACCAGCGUGUUCGAGAACUUCAACAUUCAGAACCGGAAGAGGUUCCCAGCACAAUUGUUGCCAGACUUUGUCACCUGAGAUUAAGGUUGUCUGCAGGGUCCUCUUUGUCUGAUCUUCUUCACUAUUUUCUUCCAUUUCCCAAAACUAUUAGGAAGAAGGAAAUUUUAUUUAUGGUAGUGCAAACAACCUUGAAAAAAUUAAAAAUUACAAGUUUUUACAUAGUACAGGUCUACACUUUGCAGAAGAACCACUAGAGUUCUUAUGGAUAGUUUAGGCUUUUAGAAGAUGUGGUUGAGGAUUGUAUAUUAAUUUUGUUGUUGCAGAUAAGAUAAUUGGGAUUGUUAUAUUGGAUGUGGAAAAACACAUAAUUUGGGAUGGUAUAGAAGAAGAUAAUGUUAAGUUUCA